GGGAUUGGCAAGGGAUAAGGAAGGGGGGAGGAUCAGUUUAAAACAGUACAUGUGUUAGAUCAUCAAGCUCUGUAAAGGUCUUCGUUCCGUAGGUGAUACUUCGUACUAAAAUUAAAUUAAAUAAUGGAUGAUGAUGGUGGAGACUGGUUUGCGGCAGCUGAUGAUGAACCAGCGCCAGCAGCGGCAGCACCAGCACCAGCCGCGGGUGGAGCAGCAGCUGCACCCGCAGGAGCUGAACCAGCUGGUGGUGAAACAAAACCAGUUGAUGAACCUAAACCGGAAGCAGAAGCGGAAUAUUUAGAUCCAGAUAAGCUACUUCUUUGCAAACAUUGGAUUCGUCCAAAAUUCCUUCAAUACAACUACCUCUAUGAUUAUAGACUAAAUUAUUACGACGACGUAAUUGAUUAUUUAGAUAAAAGACAACAUGGUUUCAUAAGAGAUAUUCCAAGAGCUCAAACUUGGGCUGAAAGGGCGUUGAGAACUUAUAACAGCCGUUUGGGUAAAGCGAAGUAUAUGUACGAUUGUCAUCACGAUACCAAACUUUGUACAAAUAUCCGGUUGAGUUCUCGCUUCCACAUUUAUCAUAGCAAAGAGUAUUUCAACCGAAGAUACUCAUCUCUAAUGUAAGUGUCUUCACUUUCAAAUGUAACUGUUUUAUAGUUACAUUGAGUUUGAGUUAGUUUUUUUUGAUAAUUUAAAAGACACACACGAAAUAAUUUAAAGUAAAGAAAAAUGUUUUAAAAAAAAGUUACAAAUACAACGAAAAUAGUGAUAAAUCAAUUUACUUACACUUCUUUUUGUUUUUUUUUUCUGUUAAUUUUCAAUAAACAAUUUAUUAACGUU